AUGAGUAAAGGAUAUAUUAAAAUAAUUUUUUCUCUUUUGAUCUCAUCCGUAUAUAUGAGCAAUAAAGCCCUUGCAAGUGAGGUUGAUUCAAAUAUUGAAGCUUUACAAACAUUGAUUCAAUUAUAUAGCACAAGGUUUAGUUUCCUCAAUGAUUAUUUAAAAGAAACACCCGAACAACCCUCCUUCGACGUAUGUAUGGAUCCUAAAGAAACUAAAGAAGCAGAAAAUUUUAUGAAUGAAGCUGAACUCUUAUUACAACAGCAUGCUGCAAAUACGGAUGAUUACAAAUUGUAUCGUAAACACGAUGAGGAUUCAAUUGAAUAUUCUAAGAAACAAGGAAAUACAACCAUUUAUAAAUUUAAUCAUAAAGUCAAAAAUCCCGAUAAGUAUAAUUAUAUAAUAAGCAUGCUAUGGAAUUCAAAUACCAAAUAUUUUGGUGAUAAAAUUGUUAAAGAAAAAGUUGUACGUGCAUACUCUCCAAAUUUAAGGAUGAUCCAACACCGUUACAAAAAUGAUGAUAUAUCGUUCCAUGGAUAUUACUAUGCUUUAGCCAAAAAAGUUCAAGUAUCAGACGACACAACUAUAAUUGUCUAUGCGUCAUCAGAUAUAAAUGACUACAACCUUGGUGAUGAAACAAAAUAUAAAAACACUAUUGUAGAAAGUGCAAACUUAUUCAGACCAACAAUUAAUUCAGAAUAUGAUGUCAUAAGUGGAGAAUUGACAAAAAUGUUUGUUAACUUAUCUGGAUUUAUAAUUCAAAAAAAAAGCGAUUGCGUUGAUAUCACCUAUCUCAACUCUAUGAAUAUUAAUACCGCUAUUUUUGAAGAUUUAUUAAUUAGAAUAAUUCAUUCAUCAGAAAUACUAAAUAUUCUGAGAUCAACCGCCAUAAUUUCCAAGAAAUAA